AUGCCAGAUGCUGCAGGCACGCAUCGUCUCCUGCAAGGCCUACCACAAGCGGAAAGGCAUGCCUUCAUUGCAACUCUUUCACCACAGAGCCGCUCCAAUCUUAUGGCUUACAUUGCCGCCCUGGAGCGCGACCUGGCGCAGAUGAAACAAGCGUUCUCUUCUGAAGAGCUGGCAGGUGGCGUCCAACGAACCGGUGUCCAGGCCAUCAGCGAAGAUGGCUGCAGCGACGUUGGAUCUUCCAGCUCGGAUUCAUUGAUGGAUGGCCCGAGCGGCUGUGCUGCAGAACUUCAGGACGAGCUGCACGUGCUCUUACGACAGAAGGAGCUUUUGGAAUCGCGCCUGGCGAAAACGCAAGCGCUUAGCUCCCGGCUGGCGACGUCACUGGCCGGCUGUGAUCUCUACGGCAAGGUCUGUGAGGAGCUGGUGGACUCGGAGGAGCUGGAGCUGAGUCACUGGGAGGAAAGCAGCACCAGCUCGGAGCCUGUAGAUAGGAGUCGACCAGAAUCGGGCAGCGAAACGCUUGGCUCGCUUAUGCAUGUACUGCAGAACGCCUCACCGGAGGAGCGACGUAAAGCUGUCGCAGACAUCUCCCAAGAACGCUUCAUGCAGCUUAUCAGCAGCAUGCCGGAGGACGACGAAGUUGACCUACAAGGUGGGGUGAGUUUUGUCGAUGACCUGGACGGCACCUGGAUCGAUCAAGACACUGUGGACAUGACAGAAAGCCAUCCGUCCCGGCUGCGACGUCAGAGCGCUGCCGCGCCGGAUGCAUGCUCGGCGCUGUGUCUUUCCUCCUGCAACAAGCCCAGUGAGCCCAGAAACACGAAGCCACUUGGCCAGUUGCAAGUGGACGGAGAGCUUCCAGCGCCUGAAUUCGCACACGUGCUCUUGCGAUUGCCUCCAAGGAGCCGUGCACACAAUGCUGCGGCAGAGCUUUCGAGUGCGUGGGAGAGAUGUUUGGGUAAGCCUCACCGUGAACAAGGAGUUGUGAGCUUGAAAGACUCUGGAGUUGAUGGCGAGGCCAUUUCGGCGUGGCUGGGUGGUGAAACCUCCAGUACAAUGUGCUGUGCUAGGAUACUGGAAUCUACCGUGCGAGGCAAUUACUGUUCGGCUCCGGCGCAGAAGGAAAUGAGCCGAACUGUGGAACUGUAUGGCCGUGGUGCAACUGGAGGUGCAGGCUGCCUGGGUGGCUGUUUGGGUGCCCUCGUCGGCGGCCUGGCAGGUCUGUGCUUGCCAGAGGAUGCGAUAGCAGGCGAGCUUAUGAGUGAGAUGUUGCCAAGUCAAGGACUUCCACAGGAACCUGCUCAGGCAGUGGCCAGCGCGGCCAAGGUCCUGGCAGCCGAUGGAUUUGACACAGAGGCUGUCAACUUUGAAUUCCGACGACAGUGUCUACAGGCACAUCCGCAGCGAAGACUCGGAGGCUUAUCCCAUUUCCUCCAGGUCCACUGUGACCUGGAGGUGUUGCGACAGACUGCGAAGCUGCUUCAAAGUCGUGCCGGUACUCCUGAUGAUCGUGAAGGUGCAGGGGCAACGGCCGCCAAAGCCGCGGCACUGGCACAGGCAGAGUUGCAUCGGACGGACUCCCAAGCGGUGGAGGCUUCGGCCUUGUUGUCGCCGAGCGAGCUUGAGGAGCAGAACGACCAGAUGAGUCGCUACCUCCUGGACCUGUCUUGGCAGAAGGACGCUAUGAAGGCAAUGCUGGAGCACUUGCAGAAUCACGAGGCUUAUGCAGUUCUUGGCGUCACACCUGACAUCUCUGACGGGGACCUCGCGAAAGCCUACAAGGCUGCAGCCAUGCGCCUGCAUCCAGACAAAGGGGGUAAUGCCGAGCAGUUCAAGGACGGAUGUGACAUGGUAGAACGCGGUUCUAGGCUGCCUGUCUGA